AUGAUUGACUUCUUGACCGAACCAAUUUUUACAGCGCAACAAAAACUGCCUGCAAUCAACAUAAAACCUUAUUUACAUCCAGCAACCAAAGUAUCUUUGCAACAUUUUUCACUGCACUGUAAUUGCUCAACGAAAAUGAUGAAUAGCAAAAGAAAUGCGAUCCAACCAGAUAAGCAGAUUCCUGGAAUGAUUUCAUCAACGAAAGAUUCUAAAAUGACGAAAGGACGAGACAGGUGCUGCUGCAAUUUAUUACACGUGAUCAAGGCGACACUGCUCAUUGGAUGUUUGGAACUUUGCUUUUUUUCCUAUGAAGUAUUUUCUACAGCACAUCAAUUUAUGCAAACGGGUGGGCAAUACAUAACGUCAUUGUCCAUAUUCUUAUUUGGAGUGAUUCUAGCUAUAAUUGCUGUGAUACUACUGUUUCUGGCUAUCAAAAUAUCAACUCCAUACUUACUAGUGCCGCACAUUCUGAUGCAGGCUGCAGCUGUGUGUGUGUUAUCAUCAUUGUGUUUAUUUUGUUUGUUCACUCUGUUGGCUGGAACGAGCCUGGAUUUCAGGCUUACUUCUCGAGGCGUAAGUCUGUUGAAAAAAUUCGAUACUGGAAAACAGUACGUACUGGUUAAUGCAGACGAUAGUUUCACUGACAACAGUCUGAUAGCAAAUAUGUUGGAUGAGUCGGUGUGGAUGCUAAUUAUUGUUUUGGCAGCGUUCUUUCACUUGCAAGAAAAAGUCAAUCAAAAAAGUCAACCUGCUGAUGGCGUUAACUCCACUACAAAUGCCAAAUCGAGCACCGAAUCUCCCAAAGGAUCUUUCAGAAAUAAACUAAGCACUGACAAAUGUUUUUCGAUGGAAUUUAAUCCAAAAAAUUUACCUGCGAGAGGAGAAACAGGCUGCUAGUU